AUGUCCAACUCCGGCGACUACGAGAUCCUCUACUGUGAGCGGCCGGGAAUGCGGCAUUCCGGGUGGGAACGCGGCAUUCCGGGGGACGUCGCGGGGGGCUGCAAACUGCUGCGGAACCGCUACGAGAGCCGGGACCGCGAGUGGGCGACGUACACGUGUGUGCUGGGCUUCCACGUCAUGGAUUACGUCUAUUUCGAGAAUUCCUCCAGCAACCCCUACCUGGUGCGGCGCAUCGAGGAGCUCAACAAGACGGCCAACGGGAAUGUGGAGGCCAAGGUCGUGUGCCUGUUCCGGCGCCGGGACAUUUCCAGCAGCCUCAACAGCCUGGCGGACAGCAACGCCCGGGAAUUCGAGGAGGAAUCCAAGCAGCCGCCCAUGUCGGAGCAGCAGCGGCACCAGCUCAAGCACCGGGAGCUCUUCCUGUCGCGGCAGUUCGAGUCGCUGCCGGCCACGCACAUCCGGGACACAGAGGGGUGACAAUUAAUUAAUUAACGCCCCUAAUUGCCCCUUUUUCAGGACUGCUUCUUCUACUCGCUGGUGUUCGACCCGGUGCAGAAGACGCUCCUGGCCGACCAGGGCGAGAUCCGCGUGGGCUGCAAAUUCCAGGCGGAAAUUCCCGAGCGCCUGGCGGAGGGCGAGUCGGACAACCGCAACCAGCAGAAGAUGGAGAUGAAGGUCUGGGACCCCGACAACCCCCUCACGGACCGGCAGAUCGACCAGUUCCUGGUGGUGGCUCGGGCCAUGGGCACCUUCGCGCGCGCCCUCGACUGCAGCAGCUCCAUGGGGCAGCCCAGCCUGCACAUGAGCGCGCCGGCCGCCUCGCGCGACAUCACCCUGUUCCACGCCAUGGACACGCUGCAGCGCAACGGCUACGAGCUGGCGCGGGCCAUGGCCACGCUGGUGCCGCAGGGCGGCCCCGUGCUGUGCCGGGACGAGAUGGAGGAAUGGUCGGCGUCCGAGGCCAUGCUCUUCGAGGAGGCGCUGGAAAAGUACGGGAAGGACUUCAAUGACAUCCGGCAGGACUUCCUGCCCUGGAAGUCGCUGGCCAGCAUCGUGCAGUUCUACUACAUGUGGAAGACCACGGACCGCUACAUCCAGCAGGAGCCGCACUCGCGGGGCCACGUGCCGCGGCCCGAGGCGCAGAGCCUGUCGCCCUACGCCAGCAGCGCCAGCCGGGCCAAGCUGCUGUCCCCAUGUCCCCCAUGUCCCCAUGUCCCCUGUCACCGCAGGAGCCGCACUCGCAGGGGGAAGAAAUGGGUCUUUUGA